GCGCGCGCGCGUUUGUCUGUCCGCGUGUGUGUGUGUGCGCGCGCGCAAGCAAGGUAUAUAGCAAAGCCCUCUGGAGUUAUUCUUUUGUAACCAAAUGCAGCAGCAGCAGCAUAUUUGUGCAUCCGAGGGGCUUGUUGGCUCGCGGGCGAACGCCGCCUGCGCUCGUUAACGCGACGACUCCGUCUCCACUGUGUCGCGGGAGUUUUCCCUUCGCUCCCUCUUCGCUACAAUUGCCGGGGGAAGAGUCCGUCCCGACGGAGAACACGAAGCUUGCGUACUACUAUCAAGACUUGGGAGUGAAGAGACGGAGGGAGAGAAAGAGAGAGAGUGACCGCUGAAGAAGAAGUGAACGCACGGAUGAAUGUGCUUGGCAGUCACAUCUGAAGGAGAAGAUGAUGGUGAUGAUGAUGACGACGCGUGCAGAUGAUGUGUGUUCAACGCAAAGGGCAGGAUCGUGACGUCGCUACGUCGGCUGAUUGAUUAUAGCCACGGUGACAAUACACUGAUCACACGCGAGUGUGCAGUUUGCCGGCCUCUGUCGGGAGCGAGGCUGGUGGUGCUUCUUGUUGUUGUUGUUGGUGGUGGUUUUCAAUCUCUGGUUCUGGGAUUACGGCGGACCUACAGCUGCCACCACUGGCGCUGAGAAGACUCACGCGCGGACUAUGAGUAAGGAGGGCGUUGCAUCUGCAGUCGGGGAUUCACGAAACUUGGUGGUGGGCGGCGAAACCGCGGUGCGGGGCCCAAUGCACGCCGACGUGGGACCCGCGUCCACCCCUCUGGGUCACCCCUGGCAUUCCCCUGUGGCCUCCCGAAGCUCCAGCCGACCAGCCCCGGAGGGCUCGGCCCCCGGUUCCGGACUCAGGGGGCCUUGCCCCGACUGCCCCGCGCGACUGCCCUGCCCGACGGGAAGCGGCUGCCCGUCGUCGCAGGGCGUCCCCUGCCCUGGGGAGAGGGGCAGCGCCUGGCCGUGCGAGAGCUGCUCGCGGAGCAGGAUGGAUGACCUCAAGCGGCAGGUCCACGACCAGACGUCGCCGGGGCACACGAGCAAGGUGUCGUCGCUCGUAGCGGAGGGCCGUCGCGAGGGACCACGGUCGCAGCAGCGAGCCGAGGGCACCCAAGCGGACCCCGAGCAGAGGCCGUGCGCGGGGGCGAGCGACGCCACCACCGCCGCCGCCCUCUCCUCCCGCUGCCCCUCCCUGCCUCCCAGUGGCGCUGCCCUGCACCUGGGGAGCGGCUCCAUCGCCGCGUCGUUUUUCGCGAGGGCGGCGCAGAAGCUGAACCUGGCAUCGCGGCGGAAGAAGAGGGCGCUGGCGCCGACCAUGCGCCUGCCCCACGAGCCGCCCGUCUUCCCCACGAAUUUCAGCGGCCUCCUCCGCGUGAGCCCCCCGCCGGCCCCCCCGUGCCUUCUGCGUGGACUCUCCAAGACCAAGGAAAGCCCCGGCAUCGGAAAGGUGAAGGUGAUGCUGCGCAUCUGCCCGUCGCACAGCUGGACGGACAGGGAUCUCGACGCCUCCUCUUCUACCUCUUCUUCUCCCUCGUCCUCGUCCUUCCUGAGGGUGGAUGGGAACAAGGGGCAAAUCAUCCUCCAGGACCCCAGCCCCCCGAACGGGUUGCUGAGCCCCCUGGCGCGUCGCACCGGGGUGCUGGCACCCAAGAUGUUUGCCUUCGACGGCGUCUUCUGCCAAGAUGCUUCGCAGGCUGAAGUGUGCGCUGGCACGGUGGCCGACGUGGUGCAGUCCGUCGUGAACGGCGCCGACGGAUGCGUCUUCUGCUUCGGGCACGCGCAGCUCGGCAAGUCCUACACGAUGCUGGGCUGGGACGACGGCCCCCAGAGCCUGGGCGUGAUGCCCUGCGCCGUCUCCUGGCUCUACCGGCUGAUCGAGGAGCGGCGCGAGAGGGCCGGCGCCCGCUUCUCGGUGCGCGUCUCGGCCGUCGAACUGUGGGGCAAGGACGAGCAGCUGCAGGACCUCCUCGCCGACGUGGCCACGGGCCGGGGCGCGGACGCCGACAGCCAGUCGCCCGGCAUCUACCUGCGCGAGGACCCCAUCUUCGGCACGCAGCUGCAGAACCAGAACGAGCUGCGGGCCCCCACUCCCGAGAUGGCCGCCUAUUACCUGGACGCGGCGCUGGCGGCGAGGAGGUCGGGACGGCCCGACUGCGAGGAGGAGGAGCGGCGCAGCGCGCACAUGCUCUUCACCCUGCACGUGUACCAGUACCGCAUGGACAAGACGGGCAAGGGCGGCAUGACGGGCGGGCGGAGUCGACUCCACCUCAUCGACCUGGGCAGCUGUGAGCGACCGGUGCCGAGCCGGGGCGCAUCUCAGAGCCCCGCGCUCUCCCUCUCCUCGCUCGGCAACGUCAUCCUGGCGCUCGUCAAUGGCGCCAAGCACAUCCCGUACAGGGACAGCAAGCUGACGAUGCUGCUCCGAGAGUCACUCGGGAACAUCAACUGCCGCACCACAAUGAUCAUCCACGUGUCCCCGCUGGCCGCACACUACCCCGAGACGCUGUCGACCGUGCAACUGGCCGCCCGCAUUCACCGCAUGAGAAAGAAGAAACCAAAGUACGCGUCGAGCUCCUCGGGCGGGGAUAGCUCGUGCGAGGAGGGCCGCGCCCGCCGCUCGCCCCUCGCCCGCCCGCUCCACCCUCGCCUCGUGGCUCUCGACCCGGACAUCCCCUGCGGCGGCGGCGGCUCGUCCCCGCGCUCGUGCCGCCGUGAGCAGCGCUCCUCCGAGCCCGACUACUCGAGCAGCAGCGAGCAGUCGUGCGACACCGUCAUCUACGUGGGGCCCGACGGUGGCGUGCUCUCCGACCGCGAGCUCACCGACAACGAGGGCCCGCCCGACUUCGUGCCCAUCAUCCCGUCGCUGGGCCGCGAGCCGGCGCGCCGCGAGCCACGCUCGCCCGCCGUCGGGGGGCCCCGUUACCCCGACCGCGACCGCCUCAAGUGCAGCACGUUCGCCGAGCUGCAGGAGCGGCUCGAGUGCAUCGACGGCAGCGAGGAGCCCGACGAGUUCUUCGCGGAGACGGCGCGACGGGAGGACGAUGACGACGAGGAGGACGACGAGGAGGAGGAGGAGGCGACGGCUCCGGCGGCGGCCCGAGUGGCGACGACGGAGGAAAUCGUCGCGUCCUCGCCGCGGCAAGGGCCCGAGAGUCGGAGGGUUCCGGGAAAGUCAGCCCUGCCCAAAGCGCGGGGCACCUCCUCCUCCCUCGUCACCGCUACCGUCGCCGCCAUCUCACCGCGCGGCGCCGCUCUCGGCUGCACCGCGGCCAACAUCAUCGCGCAGUCAAGCCGGGCCGCCAUGCUCAGGGACGCGUGCAAGCAGCAGUGCCAGGCAGUCAUCGCCAGCGGGGAGCGAGCUCCGAGGAAGCCGCAGGUCGGCUCGCCGCAGCCGCGCAGGGCGAAGCCUUCCGCCAACGGCAAGGGGCCUCUGCCCAGCCCCGCGCCCCCACCCCCUUGCUGCAGCGACAUCGUUGCUACCGGCAGGGCGGCGCAGGAAGGGCCGGCGGUCGAGCUCCGUGCCCAGGGGACCCGGACGCCCCCGGUGGGCAUGAGCCUCCCCACGAAAGCGGGCGGCGAGGCGGCGGGCGCCGGCGUGCGCGCCAGGACGGUGACCGUGCAGCAGCCGCUGGAGCUGAGUGACGAGGAUGUGCUGGUGUUCGCGCUGGUCGAGGAGCUCACCUUUGGCGGGGUCCUGGGACUGCAGGACUGCCGGGGUCGCCCGGCAAGCAUCAUCAGCUUCGCGAGCAACUGCAGCGUGCAGGCGCUCGCCUCGGGCUCGAGGCCCGUCAGCAUCAUCAGCAGCAUCAUCGACGACUCUGACUACGACCCUUUCCCGGCCGUGUCGCCCGUGAGCCCGGUGGCGGCGCGUGCCGGGGCGGUGGCGGCGGUGGCGCAGGACGCGUCCGCCGUGAGCCGCUGCUCGUCGGUGAGCUCGUGGCUCAGCGAGGUGAGCGCUGAGAGCCUGGGCAGUGAGGGCGACCAGUCGUGCGACAGCUUCGUCAUGCAGUCCUGCGGCAGCCUGGGCAAGGAGUCGGUGGACGCCCUGUCGCUGGACUCGCGCGACCUCAUCCCCGACGGCCUCGGCGGGGGCGGCGGCAGCAGUUCCGUCGGCGGGACAGAGCACGCUCCACGACAGCGGCUUCUCCACAUCGGAGGGCGAGAGCAAGAGCUGAGUAGCUCCUACAAGCUGUCGUCGACUGCGAAGGCGAGCAAGUCUGCCGGCAAGCUGCCACCGGUGCCCCCGUGUAAGCCGGCAAGCGAUGGCAAGAGGACCGCUGGGCUCAAGAGCGGCCUGCCGCAGGCCGUGAGGACGGUCGGCCACGCGCCGUCGAAGCCGGAAGCCGAGAGGACUGACGCGGCGCAGGGCGGCCACAAGCCUCCAUCGCCGCCAGCUGCUGCCGCUCAGCAGCCCAAGUCGACCGCCCCGGCGGCAGCGGCACCCAAGCAAGGCGGCGGCAGCGGCCGCUUCGAUGACCCUUGGAAGAAACGGGAUGAAGGCAUCGGCUGCGGGCAGGCGUCUGGCCGCGCAGGCAAAAGUUGUUCGGGCCAGUCGAAACAACAGAGCAAACCGAACAAAGCCAAGCUUUUAACCGGCGGCGCGGGAAGCUCGGCGAGUAAAAGCACGUCGUCGCCGCUCGGCGGUGGCAAAGCCUGCGACGGAGGCAUCGCGACAUCACCGCCUGAGAGUCUCACCGCAGCCGGCGCCACCGCUCGAUGGGCCGGCAGUGCGGAGAAAGCGGGGGCCCCCGCUCUGCUGCCGACCAGAGGUGCGGAAACACACGGCUUUGCCGUGACGGGAGCGAGGACGAUGGCUUCAAAUGCGAGGGGAGGUUGCGGUGCGUACGAGACGCGGCCCAGCGGGCCGGAGAAGGCCGCCUCGUUGCCGAAGCAGAGCAUGCUCCCCAGGCUCAAGGGCGCCCCUCCAGCACCUCCGGUGCGGAAGUCCAGCUUGGAUCAGAAGAACAGGGCAGGCCUUCCCGUCAGCGCGCUCUCAGAGCCCGCCUUGUCCUCGAAAGCUCUGGCGAAGAGGCCGGCGCAGAGCGACGCGGAGGCGAGGGUCGUGGUUGGAGAAUACGGCGGUGGCGGGCGCUCGCAGCAGCAAGGGAGGGGCGUCGAGACGGGACAGAGCCAGGCGUCUUACGGAGCCUACCCGCACAGGACUAACGUGAGCCUGCAUAGCAGCAUCCUGUCCCUGCACCGAGCAGACAGCCUCACGUCCUUGAGCUCCCGAGGCAGCCUCGGCAGAGAGGGCAGCGGCAGGAGCGGCGGGAAGAGCUCCGCGAAGGCGAUGAUGAUGAUGAUGAUGGGAGCGGCGGUCACCUCGAGGGGGGCCGGCGGUCUGCCUCCGCUCAACGUCUCAUCCAAGUCGUGCGGCGGCGCCGCCAAACCGCCCCCGUCGGCGCUCGCCGGCGCCAAGUGCUCGCCGGCGUCCUUUGCCGGGACCUCCAAGCCACGGAGCAUGUCGGCCAGCAGUUCGGCGAGGACGGCGCCGCAGGGCGCGCCGCGGAGCGCCAGCGUUCCCUCCACGCCCAGGACCGUGGCUCGGACGGUUCUGUGCAGCAACAACAACGCGGCCGCCGCCAAGCACGGCCGGGGAGGGGCGGCGGCCGGGGGCGGCAUCGGUUGUCCCGGCGGCGGCAAAGCGUCGGCAGGCGUCAGGAUUGUGACCAACAGCCGGGUGACGGAGCUGGCCCUGAACGGCGCCGCCUCGCCCACCCCGUCGCCCCCCAAGGUGAGCCACCCGCGGCGCUCCACCGACUCGGACAGCGGCAACGACAGCGGCGUCAACCUGCCGGAGUCGCCCACCCCGCGGUUCGGCGGGGCGCCUGGCGGCGUGGGAGGAGGCCCCGCGGCUCCGGGCUCGCCGUCGGCGUCCGCGAUGCUCCUGCAGCUGCCGUCGCCCUACAGCAAGAUCACGGCGCCGCGCAAGGCGCGCUACAGCAGCGGUCACUUCAGCGACAACAGCAGCGUGCUUAGCGGCGACCUCCCUCCGGCGAUGGGCCGUUCGGCCAUCUUCUACCACGCGGGGGGGGGCGGCAACGGAGGCCCGGGCGGAGGAGGAGGCUGUGGUGGAGGUGGCGGCGGUGGCGGCGGGGGCGGCGGCGGUGGUUGUGGCGGAGGCUCGGGGGGGAGCAGCGGGUACGAGAGCGUGCUGCGGGACAGCGAGGCCACGGGCAGCGCGUCGUCGGCGCACGACUCGGCGAGCGAGGGGGGCGGCUGCGGCGCGUCCGGGAUGGCGAGCGAGCGCUCGCGCAGCCUCAAGUCGCUCAAGAAGAGGGCGGCCACCGUAACUUCCGGCUCCCAGCGCGGCCGCGCCGCCGGUGCACAGCUCCCCGCCGCGUCGACGCUCGCCGGCCCGUCGGCCCGCUGGGUGGACCUGCGGCCCAUGCAGAGGGCCCUGCACGAGCCCUUCCAGAUCACCGUCUACGAGAUCGACGACCUCGAGCGGCUGGAGCAGAGGAGGAGGCCCGAUGACACCGAGGCCGGCCUGCAGGACCCAGAGUGCAAGCUGCGCCUGCUGGAGGGUCGGCAGCGCGUGGCGGAGGAGCUGCGGGCGCGUCACGGCCUCCUCCUGGGCGAGCUCACCCACGCCAAGCGCCUGCUCAUGCUGGACCCGCUGCAGUGGAACGACGAGUUCGACAUCGAGGAGAGCUUGGAAAGCUGCACCCUCGAGUACCUGGAGGCUCUGGAGUGGAAGACGGCGCGACUGCAAGACCGCCUCGACCUGUGCCGCGCCAAGAUCAUGAUGGUCACCUGCUUCGACGUCACUUCGUGACGCUCGGCCGCAGAUGUCGGCAGUGCACGUCGCGACUUUAGUUUUUUUUUCCGUGACGACUCUUGCCUCGUUCUCCGGCCCCUCCUUCGUCCCCUCAAUUGCUCCGGAUCGUCCGCAUCACAACCGACCCGGCCGACGGGAGCUCGCCGGGCAAUCGACGCUGAACCGCGUGUGCGCGUGUGCAUUGCGGCAAGGUAUUUGAAGCCUGUUUUUUGGUAAAAUGGUGUCGUGAAUGCCAGUGACGCUGCGGGUGGAGAGCACUCGACUCGCAACCUGAAGCUUCAAGUCCCCGUCUGGCGAUCGAUGAAGCUUUCAUCGGUGGAACGUCAGCCAGCGAGCUUCCUGCGUAGAGACCGGCACUCGCCAUGGGAAUGUGGAAUUCCCCAUCACUGGUUCAGGCCUGCCAACAGAGAUGAGCACAUCUCGAUUGCUCACGUGGGCAGGAGGACAUUUUUGACUUUUGACGACUGUCUAUGCCUAUACAGCAUAUCAUUCUCAUCAGCCAUAUACCAAUUAUUGCCUUGUGGCAGUUUGGCCAAUGGGGAAUACCGUUUGCUCAGUGGACAUGUGUUUAACCCCAGCAAGCAUUCAGACUGAAACCAUUGCUGUAAUUUUCAGUCAAAUCUACACUUUUUUUGCGUUUCGUUUGCAAAACCUUUUCAUGACCACCCCCCCCCCUCACCCCCUCUCGAACGUACACUGUGCAACGCAAGAUUGGCGGCCUGUAGGCAUCUAAUGGACUUUGUGGCCCGCCGCUUAAAUGAGCAGCCCAAAGAGAUUUUUUUUUUAGGCCUUUAUUUUAUUUGAGACUUUGCGAAAGCAGUCGGUGGAACCCACCGCACGCAGCACUUCUGCCACGCACCAGGCCCCGGCCACGCGGAGGACGGCACGGGGCCUGCGCAUCGGACUUGCUGUGCACGGCCUCUCUUUGGGGUCAAUCGUAGCAGGGCGGCCACUUUCACCGCGGCGGGCCCUAACCUACACGGCGUCAUGCCGAGGGUGUGCGGGAUUUAAAUGGACGAGUCGAGCAAAUUUUAAUCGGAUCGGUUUAUUCGGAAACGGCGGCAUCGGCCAUCGUCGUGGCACCGUGCUAAAUCGUAGAUGUCUUCUUCUUGACUUUACUUUCCCGUGUCCUUUGCGCACGCACAGAAGCGCAAUUUUUGGAACUGCGAUAGUACCAUACUGUACGUGAGCAACAACGAGACACUCGACCUGAACGUGAGCAGAAUUUUUUGCCGUUUGCGUUUUUUACGUGGGGGGGGGGGGAGGUGGGGCAGCAGAUUUGAGCGCUGCACGAGACCGGAAAAUAUGAGGAACCGCACGUGCGCGUGCGUGCGUGCGCGCGCGUGUGUGUGGUCACUCGCCAAGAGAAGCUGAGCAAAUCGUCGUUCUCUGCCCGGAAAAAAAAUACGGCGAUGCACAACCCACAAAAACCACUCUGAGGAAAUUGCCUUUUUCGUUUCAAAAUGUGACUGUGGAAUCCCAUUGAAUCUCACUGACACGGCAUUCCAAUGUGACGUCCUCUAUACAAUGCAUGCUGCGGUGACCGUUCCCUCCGUAAACUCCUCCUGGGGGGGGCGGGGGGGAGUGGGGGAAGGCGAUGGCUGGCGCAGGUCCGAAUUUUGUCGCGGAUUUGAAGAGGCCCCACGAUGGAUUGUUCCCGCUCGGGCGACUUGGAAUUCCAAGGCGCCUCCAGAACUCGCACGCAGCGACAAGCGGUGUUAGGUGAGCUGCAGAGCUGCGAAGCGCGAGAGAGUUUGAAGCAUUUUGACGACACUCACGCGGUUUAUGAAGACCGGAUAAGUUGCGGUGAACGUGCUGUACACAUUAAUGUUUCUAGUUUGUGAAAAUACAGCGUAGGCAUGCAGCACACACACACACGGACGAUAGUUGGGCUUCUAUAACAUACUGUUACACCAAGCGUCGAUGUGAAGAUAUUUUUUCUCGUUUAUUCUAGACAUGCGUAGUUCGCAAUCGUCAACACAACGGCAAUUUUUUUUGUUUAUUUUUUUUGUUCAAAUAUGUUUUGCACACGUAAUAUUAACGCAAUCACAUCGUAUAUUUGCUAAAUUAAUGUAAAUAUGCACACACAAUGUAAUUUAUUAAUAACAGACUAAUCUUCAACGCCCAUAUAUUGCGUGCGUGCGUGUGUGCGCUGCAUGAAUAUCAAGGCCAUGCCUGCAUUGCAUAUUUGUAUUAACAUUUCUGAAAUCAGGAAAGUAUUUAUUUAGGAUACAUCAAGUGCCUUAUACAAUUUGUUUCAAGAGUAAGAAAGUUAUCAUGUUUCUGUGUAAGGUGCUACAACAACAAAAACAACAACUAAAAUACACACACCAGCACACCCGACAGAUAAUGCGUUGCCAAGUCGCACGUUUAAUAAUUCUCAAUUAUUUUGCGUCAUCCUCUUGCAUUCAUUCACGGCAAACUUUCACACAGAGCCAGUUGACUGCUCCCAGGUCCACUCUCGCAACAACAAAAAGAAAACAUGAGCACAGUGAAACAAGAGUGGUGUUUGUUGUUGUUUCGAGUCACGGUCUGUAACCGCCUUCUUUUUUAAUUAGCAAUAAAUUUUGUAUUGCAACGCGCAAGUCCAACACUUUUAUACUUUUACACUUUAUAUACAAAUACAGCACAGGGUGAUCGUCAAGUCCCUCCCUGGGUUUAUUUUUAACUACCUUAUCUCCACAAACAAAUGAAUGUUGUUACACAUUUGAAAUACUUGCACACCUCGUGACACCGCUCACGGAUCUUCUACUUCUGCGCUUCAACUUGAAGUCCUUCAUCUAGCUCGUACGUUCGUCACCCGGGAUUUGCAAUAUCGCCAAAAUGUUCUUUUUCAACGCCAAUUUAAAUGUUUUUUGUUUAGCCGCAGCUCUUUAUCCUCCCGUUGAGUUCUUCUGCGUUUCAUAUUCUUAGGUUUUUUCGGUAACGUCACGUAGGUAAAAAAUUAAAAUUAAUAAAAGUAAAAUAAAAAUAAAAAUCACGACGUUUCGGAGGCAACACAAGCUCCCGUCUUCAGGUGGAACCGUCACAGCACGAUUGCUGUAUCAAAUCUAGAAUCUUCUGCGUUUGCUUGGGCUUGGCCGUCCGGCGACUUUGGACUCUGAUUAGAUGCCCGUUCAACGCUGUUAAAGUCGUUAUCGUACGGCCUUGAAGGCUAAACUUACAGAGCUCCCUUGCACCCCCGACGCGAUUUCUUUAAACGUAAUCGUCCAUGCUUGUAAUGUCCUCUCAGAUUACGCCUCGACCUAACAACAACAAACAAAAAACAUUAAAUGGCCAAUCUAUUGGGUUAUUAUCUGUAUUGACAAGACAUAUUGUUUGUAAAAUGUAGGAGUCAAAGACUCAGGGAGUGACUUCACAAUUUCCCUGUAUGUAAGCUUAUCAACGGCACUUCUUCGAAUUGUUCCAUGAAUCUCUUUUCGAGUUGUUUUUGGC